GCCCGGGCUGAGAAAAUGGAGACCAUGGAGCAGGAGAGAAUCGGGCGCUUGAUAGGCCGCCUGGACGACAUAAAGAAGACGGUGUGUGGGGAUGGACUGUCCCGCUGUUUGCUGUGUGGAGAGCAGCUGGGUUCACCUGGGGUCAGCUCAGUGGUGUGUGAGGACUGCAAAAAGAACAUGUGUACCAAGUGUGGUACACAGUGUGGCAGUCGGCCACGUGCUGUUUGGCUUUGCAAGAUCUGCAGAGAACAGCGAGAGGUGUGGAAGAGGUCUGGGGCCUGGUUCUUCAAAGGUUUUCCGAAACAUUUCUUGCCGUCACCGAUGCCAUUAUCCAAACCAAGAGAGGCCGGAGCCCAUGAGGCAGCAGAGCCCAAGGGGCCGCCCGCCCCUAAGCCCAGAGGGGCAGUAGCUCAAGCACAACCUGCAGGCCCAGAGCCACAGGGCCGUGCUGGUUACCCACCUGUGGCCCCGAAACCAUCAGCGGUGCCCAUGGCCACGGGCGGAGCUGGCCCUCAGGAGGUGGGGCAGGGUGGCCCUGUGGUGAUGAAGAAGACGGUUCCCGUGCAGAGCUCCAGGCCACAGCCGGCGUCAUCGCUCGCCAUGGCUCAGCAGGGUCAAGUGGCUGGAGACGGAGGUGGGUUCACCUCCGCUACAGCUCCUCCAGAGCAGAGAGCGCCCCCUGCAGUCAGAGAGGAGAGGAGGCAGCCGGCUCCUGUCCGACAGCAAGCUCCCCCAGCCGAGGAGGAGGAGGAGGCCAACGACUACGACUCUGAUGAAGCCACUACUCUGGGCUCUCUAGAGUUCAGCCUGCACUACGAACAGGAGAGCAACAGCCUCCACUGCAGCAUCCUCAAAGGAAAGGGACUGAAGCCCAUGGACUCCAACGGGUUGGCAGAUCCUUAUGUCAAGCUUCAUCUGCUGCCGGGGGCAAGUAAGUCUAACAAGCUUCGCACAAAGACCUUGAGAAACACCCGCAACCCAGCGUGGAAUGAGACGCUCACCUACCACGGCCUGACGGAUGAGGACAUGCAGCGCAAGACCCUCAGGCUCUCCGUCUGUGAUGAAGACAAGUUCGGGCACAAUGAAUUUAUUGGGGAAACCCGAGUGGCGCUGAAGAAACUGAAGAUGAACCAGAAGAAAAACUUUAACGUGUGUCUGGAACGAGUCAUCCCUACGAAGAAAACCGCAACAGCCGGGGCGGCCAGAGGCAUAGCUCUCUACGAGGAUGAGCAAGGGAAAGAGGGCGGAGAGGUAGAAGAGCGCGGCCGGGUCCUGAUCUCCCUCAUGUACAGCUCCCCGCAGAACCGCCUCAUUGUGGGUGUCGUGCGCUGCGUUCACUUGGCUGCCAUGGAUGCUAAUGGUUACUCUGACCCUUAUGUCAAAAUAUGUCUGAAACCUGACAUGGGGAAGAAGGGCAAGAGCAAAACACAAAUCAAAAAGAGAACUUUAAACCCAGAGUUUAAUGAGGAAUUCAGCUAUGACAUCAAACACAGCGACCUGGCUAAAAAGUCUUUAGACAUCUCUGUGUGGGAUUACGACAUCGGGAAGUCCAACGACUACAUCGGCGGGUGUCAGCUGGGAAUCACCGCCAAAGGAGAGCGGCUGAAGCACUGGUACGAGUGUCUGAAGAACAAGGACAAGAAGAUUGAGCGCUGGCACACCCUGUACAACGAGAACCACGUCGCUAGCGAUUAA